AUGGGGGCGGAGGGGCCCAAACAAAUCUGCCUACGAGUCAAUGACUUCACAGAAGUUGAACGUCACACGGCGUACAACCAAAAAACUGGCAGAGACGUGACCCUUGAUUUGGACACGAACUUCCUGAAAGCAGUGCGAGAUUUGAAGCUGAAGGGCGGCGAAAGCGUGGCAUGGUUAAAGUUUCAUGUCAGUACCUCUUUUGACCCCACGAAGUUCUUCAUCAUCAAGGGCAUUGACGUUCAACACUUCCACACCGUCCGUGAUCUCUUCACUGCGACAGCCAAAGCCGUUAACAUCGAAGCGGCUGAGUUGACUGAUUUCGUACCAGGGUUCAAGAACGGCCACGCAGGCUUCCGUUACCCUGAGUCAGUCUUGCGCUGUGCCUUGAUUCUCUGUAUCCUUGAGUUAGAUGAGGAGGGCGACGUGGAAAAGUAUGGACUUAUCAAAGACGGCUCCCUGGAAGAUUAUGCUAGGUGGGCAGUUUGUGACGGACAUGGAAGCCCUGCACGGGGUCCCUUGACUAUAGAGGCCUAUGCCAAGCAAUUUCUCAAGAACUGCAAAGAGCGGUUCAGGCGCUCGUCCGUUGGGGCAAAGCCCAGCGUUGGAGGCAGCUAG